AUGACGAAAUUUGGUACAAAGAACGGUGGGAACAGUUUUAGAGAAUCACAAGGCGAAGUUGGUAUGACAAUUAGUGAAGUCUCAAAGCUUUUUGAAAAUCAUGAAAAUGUAGAAAGGAUUGUUGGAGAAAUGCAGAAGAACGUUCUGAUGGAAAAUGAAGAAGAACAAGAUAGUGAUUUUCAAGUUGUUAUCAACUGUAGUGAAGAGCGUGCCAUAAGGCAUCCAACAACACCUAUAGAUACACCUGGAUACCCUCUUAUGGGUAUUGAAUUUGAGAAAUGCACAUCUGUGCCAAUCGAUACCUCUGAAAAAUGUGUAAACUAUUCCACAUUAUUGCAUGUAACAUACCAAGAAUCCAACCAGCUGCAAUGUGAAACUCAGAAACAAUCUGAAUGUCCAAAAUGGUAUGCAUUAAAGUACCCAAGGCUUACUGCGUCGAAGUUUGGAGAUAUAUGCAAAAAAAUGGAGAUCAGCAGAGCCAAACCAAAGUUAUUGGCAGAUAAACUACUCCAACAAAACCCCCCAACUACAUUUGUAGACAGAAUGCUCAAGUGGGGAAGGGAAAAUGAGGAUGUUGCGGUGCAGGUAUACAGAGGACUGGGUGAUUAUAAAAUGGUGAAAAUAUUCCCAUGUGGCUUCUACAUCAGCCCUGAAGAUUCAUUUCUAGGAGCGACCCCUGACCGUGUUGUAUAUGACCCCCUAGCAAGGCAUCCAUGGGGAAUUCUGGAGGUCAAAUGCCCUUACAGUGUGAAGAAGAAAACUGCCAUACAAGCAGCUAAAGAAGUAAAAACAUUUAUGUGCAGGGAAGAGAAUGGUUUGUUGUUUCUCAAAGAAUCUGACCCUUAUUAUUACCARGUUCAGGGACAGAUGGGCAUCACAGGUGCCAAAUGGUGUGACUUCAUUGUAUACACAACGCAAGGAAUAUCUGUACAACGCAUCGAAUAUGAUAGUGAUUUCUGGAAAGCUGAGGCCAAAAAACUGGGUGAAUUUUACUUCAGUCACUUCUUACCUAAAUAUAUUAUGCUUCAAGUGUCUGUUUAAAAAGAAAAAAAAACACAAACAAAAAAGUAAAAAAAAAAAAGCUUGAACUGUGGAAGACGGGCUGAAAUCAGGAUUGUUUAAGGGGUGUGUCUAGGGGUAUUACUAGAGAAAACAAAAACAAAAAACAACAACAUUGCUACUAUUACUAUGAGUAAAAAAAAAACUAAAAAAGGCUAAAAAAAACAUCUACACUAUUAUUGAUAAGCAAAGCUGAAACUGUGGAAGACAAUGUGGUACUUUAAUGCAUAUCCUGACUAUAAGAAGGAUUUACAGUMMAGAAAUCUUUCACUACUAAGUAUGUAAAAUCAUUAUUUUACAAGUGGAGGUAAAAGGUUUACAAGUACACCAAUUACAACCAGAAUAUCAUUGCAAUUUUUGACCAUUUCAAGAUCCCAAGUUUUAUUCAGUAUGUGGAACUUUUUCAUCCGACCAAUUGCUCAUUCUACCUAAGGAGAAGACAACAACAUAUUUUUUGUGAACRAUAUUAAUAAAGUGCACYAAAAUUU